AUGGCGGCCGAAACUAGUCCUUUGAAGGUAACGACUAUUUUAACUAAAACAUGGCGAUAUUUUGGGGCAUAGAAGACGGUAUCACUACCAUGUAAGAGUAAUCGUAGAUGAGACACUGCAUGUUCGAUGUCGUGGUACUAAGUUGUAUUGGAAGAAUCCAAAUUUUUGAAUUUCGUACCAAACUUUCAUCUUGUGGGUGUACUUCUCAUGCCGCAUCUAGAAUGUAAUCAAAGAUAACAGUAUAUACGGAAACAGAAGAAUAUAUCAUGGUAACUUACGCGAUUAACAUACUUUCAAUUUCCCGCCUUUAUAACGUGGACACAUUUGGCUUUCCAAUAAAAUAAAUAUAAAUAAAUAAAUCGUUCAUCUUGAUGUGGAAAGUGGAUUGAGUAAGAAAAUCUCUGAAUCCAAUGUAACACUACAUCAGCAGCUAAAAAUUGUUGAAUUGUAUUUUUGUACAGGAGAUCAUGAAUAAUGGAGAAAAUACCAAGAGCAAUGCUUUUGCUGCAAAGAAGAAAAAACGACUGUCAGUUGAGCGGAUCUACCAAAAGAAGACACAGUUGGAACACAUUCUUCUCCGUCCAGACACUUACAUUGGCUCUGUUGAGCCAAUCAAACAGAACAUGUGGGUUUAUGAUGCAGAGACUGAUGCCAUUGUGAGUAAGGAAAUCACUUAUACGCCUGGUCUCUACAAGAUCUUUGAUGAACUUUUAGGUGAGCAGACUGGAUUCAUGUUUUUCCAUUACUUGUAGCUUAGUUUUACUUUAAAAAUAAGGCCCUCGGCAAGCUAUAAACUUGUUAUUAUUCACUUUGACUCAUUAACUUAUCAUUAUUUGCUCUAAUGAAGGACUGACGAUCGAAACAUUGUUCAGCUUAAGAAAUUCUUUAAAGUGGCUAAUUUACGUUAUUAAGUCAGUUGAUAAAAUCAAAUUAUCUUUUAAACUUUUCAUCUUUGGUUUGUUAAAAAAAGGAAAAAGAACUUUUUAAAAAAAUUCCUGACCAAGACCAUAUAUUUAAGAAUUAUGGAAAAUAGUGAGUUUAUGAUAUUCAGUAAAGUGUGUGAAUGUACAAGUCAUGUAAUAAUUGUGUGUUAUGUUUCUUUCAAUUUUGAAGUGAAUGCAGCAGAUAACAAGCAGAGAGACCCUGCCAUGGGCUGUGUUAAAAUAACCAUUGAUGCGUGAGUGACAUAUUAACAAAACAAACUAUUUUUUAAUAGUGACCCCAUCAUAUGAUUGAAAUGAUAGUUGACAGGUUCACUUACUUGAAAGUUGUCAUUUCCUUGCUUUCCAGCCACUUACUGUCCUGUUGUAAAGGAUUAAUUUUCAAGUAAUGCUAUCCUGAUAGGUUUUUAUUGUGCAUACAAUGAACCUGUUAAUUAUGAGGGUAAUGUGUGACAGCUGGUUGGCACAUCAUAAAUUGAACAAAGCCUAUAGUUGGUAUCCAAAUUGCUCAUUGGAUAAUUAAAACUCUGCGAGUGAACAUAGUUUUAUUCAUAUUUUAAAGACUGGUAACUGUGAAAGAAUUUCAUUUAAUCCAUAUUUGAUUAUGUAGACAGUUCUUAGAUAAAUGGAAACAAUGACAGAAACUUUAGAUUGUCUUUGGGACUACAGCUUUGUUGUCAAAUGGUAUGGGAUUAUCUACAAAUUUUUCCAGAUGCAUGCAUGAAAAUGCAAUAUAGGAGUUAGCCUCUGCCAUAUGGAGAUGCAUUUUUCUUUUCCAAAGUACUAUUAAUAGUAACUCGGAAACAUUGGCAAUAAGCUGGUAAAAUACUAUUAUGUGUUAAACUUAAAUAUGCUUAUUUCCUCUGUUUAAAUUUCAGAGAUAGUAACACUAUAAGUGUUUGGAAUGAUGGACGUGGCAUUCCUGUAGAGAUGCAUAAAGAACAGAAAGUUUAUGUUCCUACAUUGAUAUUUGGCCAUCUUCUAACGUCCAGUAACUACAAUGAUGAGGAGAAAAAAGUCACAGGCGGCAGGAAUGGUUAUGGUGCAAAACUUUGUAAUAUCUUCAGCACAAAAUUUGUUGUGGAAACUUGUUCCUCUGACUCAAAUAAGAAGUUCAAACAGGUACAUUUUGUUCUUGAAAACAUGUUAGAUCUUCAUGAUCCUUAAAGUUAAUGAGAGAAUCCUGAAGAAAUUUCCAUGUUGUGUAAACAUCUAGUGUACAUUAUAACAGGAAGAGGCAAUUAAGUUAAUGAAAAUCAAAAAGAAAAGGAAAAUGAUUAUUCAUUUAAAUGACUACUUAUGCUCAUAGAGUAUUAGAGUAUAGUAGCAGAGUGUGGUUAAGUAUAGUAAUAGUAUAGUUCAUUUUAAACUUUUAGAAAUACUAUACCUGAAUAAUUUUUUUCUUGUCACCUAACACAAUUCAACUUGUUCCUUUUCUUGUAUGUAGACCUGGACAAACAACAUGGGAAAAGUUACAGAGCCUAUUGUAAAGGAUUUUAGUGGAAAGGACUUCACUUGUGUUACAUUCAAACCUGACCUGGCAAAGUUUAAAAUGGAAAGUCUUGAUAAAGACAUUAUCUCACUCCUCUCCAGGAGGGCAUAUGAUGUUGCUGGUUCUGUUAGAGGAAUUUCUGUAUAUCUCAAUGGAAAGAAGUUACCUGUAUGUAAUUUGUUGGCAAUAUUCAUGUUAUAAGCACCUUCAUAAACAAGUUGUAGCUAAGUUAUAUGGUGCAACUACUUGUUUUUGUUCAGAGCAGAGAUAAUGCAUUUUAUUUUCUGGGUUAUGAAAUUUUGAUUGAAAAUCCAUUACUUAACAGAAAAAUCUCUGUAGUAAUGAUAAGGCAGUAGUACAUGUAUCUCUUGUACAUCAGGUAAUGGGGAAAAACCAUCAUGGACUUCACAAAUCUUUCUCAGACCCUCUCUUUCUGUACCAUAGGAGUAUGAAUUAUUGUCUUAUUCAGAAAUCUGUGUCCAGUUGGUGAAGCUUCAUACAAGCCACAGUGUUGUAACUAAGAAAUUUUGCUGCUGGCUGAAAUUUCAAGUGAGGCAGCUCAUCAAUAGCAUUCAGUAUUGAUUUAUUGUAAGUGUCUGACCUCAGAAGUGCCUGUUGUGUUUUACUAAGUGAUUGCCAGCCAAAAAUCCAGCCAGUGAUAGUUGCUUAUUCUUGUGGCAGCCAGCACUUAGCAACAACCUUGCACUCAAACAUCAGAAGUAGAAUCUACAUUUUAUAAAUGAUGCAUUGCCUUAUACCCUUUUGUGUUGUUUAGCAUUCAUGAGUAGAUUAAAAUCAAUUUGCGAUUUAUUUUUCAUGAAAAAAAUAAUUUUUAAUGGUCAACAGAUUAAGACUUUCAAGGAUUAUGUUGGACUGUACUUGAAAGCCAGAGAUGAUGAAGAUGACUUGGCAUUGGGUAGUGACUCAGAGAAAAAGACCAAUUCUGUCGUGCAUGAAGUUGUAAAUAAGCGUUGGGAAGUUUGUGUUACCACAAGCACCAAAGGUUUUCAGCAAGCUAGCUUUGUCAACAGCAUAGCCACAACUAAGGUAUAGUCAAGCCAAGUUCUCUAAAACUGCUUUAAAGCUGUGAAACAUCAACUGUCUAACAGUUUUUGUCAAAACAGUUCAACAUACAGUAUUUCAUUUGAAAUUUUUCUGACCUUUGCAAAGUGAACAAUCAUUCUUUUUAAUCACCUUAGUCCUUACUGACUUAGACUUUGGAAAAUUCAUGAAAAGGUGAGGUGAACAAGGAGAGUGGUGAAUGUAACAUUGUAUGGAAAUUAAGGAGAGCAUUAAGAAAAAAUCUUGGAUGAAAACAAUUCAGCAAGACUAUUUGAAAUAAGGUGUUAUAAAGGUAGCCACAAAAUCGAGCAGUAAUCUUGUUGGCAGUCAAGAGGUUACUAUGGCAACUGAAGAACAGCCCACCUGUUGGCACAGUUCAACACAACUCUAAAAAGGGGAAUAAAUGCUUACCAAAGGUGGGGGGUAUGGGUGGGGGGUGGGGGGUAUGGGUGGGGGGUGGUGGGUGGUGGGUGGUGGGGGUGGUGGGUGGUGGGUGGUGGGUGGUGGGUGGGGGGUGGUGGAUGGUGGAUGGUGGAGAGGCAUAGAGGAAAACAGCAAGCACAAAAGUAAGCAAAGUAAAAGAACCUUGUAGUGCCCAAAAACCUCAAACCUCCUUUAACCCUUUAACCCCUUAGAGUGACUAUCAUCUAAUUUCUCCUUACAACAUCACCCUUGAAUCACACAUAAAGUUUACAAGAGUAAAAGAAAUGAUCACCAACUAAGGAACCUCUUGAUUGUUAGACAAAUUCUCCUUGUCAGCACCUUAAGAGAUGUACUGAGAACAGUAUGGAGAAUAUACAUACUGACCUUAGGGUGUAUAGGAUUAAUAGUGCAUAAAGGCAGCAAGAGCUAUGUCCCAAUUUUUUUAGAAAUUAGGCAUAGCAACUUUCUCCUGUUCAGAAUAAACAUAGUGUCCUGCUAGUUAGACCUUGCUGUCAUUAUUAUUUCCUUGACAGAGAGGUAACUCAAGAACUUAAUGGUAAUAGUAUUGAUAAAAAUGUCUCCUAUUAUAGGGAGGAACACAUGUCAACUAUAUAACUGACCAGAUCACAGAGAAGCUCAUGGCUGCAGUGAAAAGGAAAAAUAAAGGAGGUGUAGAAGUGAAGCCUUUUCAGAUCAAGAAUCACUUGUGGGUUUUCAUAAAUUGUUUAAUUGAAAAUCCAACCUUUGACUCCCAAACCAAAGAAAAUAUGACUCUCAGAUCUAAAGCGUUUGGAUCCACUUGUGAUUUCAGUGAAAAGUUUAUCAAACAGGUUUGUAUCUGUAUUUAUAUAAUAAGCUCAGUUAUGCAUGCAUUCUGAUUGGUUCUCACAUAUGAUCUAUUGGAGGACAGAUGUAUAGAUGAUGUCAUCAUUAAAAUUUUUUUAAUUCUUUAUUAUAUAAAACAAAUAGAUUCCAAGUUGCCAUGCAUCUGUUCAGUAAUAGAUCACGGAGGAUGUCAAAAUGUUGUAAAAACAUCAGUGACACACUCGGCUAUGCCUCAUUUGCCACUUUUUUAUUCUUACCACAUUUUUACAUCAUCUGUGAUCUAUUACUGAACAGACGCAUGGCAACUUGGAAUCUAUAUGUUAAUCUCUUUGCAAUUACCUUCAAGUUGUUUUCAUAUAACACCUAAAAUUUAUGUAUCAUAAUGGAAUUUUUAAAGCAUGAUGAAAUAUGUCUGUUGUAAGUCAUUUUCAACCCCAGCCAUUUCUGAUGGCUGGGGUUAAAAGCCAAGGUCAGAGUGUUCAGGACUCUGCAACUAUUGAUGUCAAAAAAGUCCUGUGUUAAUUGAGAUAGAUGGUAUGUUUUGGAGUUUGAUGUGGAAUGAAGAUGGAGGUUUAAUAUAGGUUUGGGCAUAAGGAUUUUUGAACCUAUGCUAGUUCUUAUUUUCAUAUUCCAUGAUCUUAAAACAGAGGUGAUGUUUGAAGCAGAAGUGAUGGUGGAUACAGAUGCAGGGCGUGAAAUUGCGCCCAAUACAGGCACCAAUGCGACUAAAUUUUUCACUUUGGUGACCAAAUCCUGAAAAUUAGUUGCCAAAUUGGUGACUAGAAUGUUUCAUCAUAACCUUACUAAGAGAUCUAGUGAAUUAAAAAGAUUUGCAAAGACAAAUCCGCGGCAAACUUCCUCGUUAAGUUUGUUUCCAAAAUGCAGCACAUGCAUCUCGAUCAAUAACUAGAUGCCAUCUUUGAUUUAGGUGAACUUAAACGUUGCAUAUCAUCCAUCCUAGUGUCCAUUUUGUAGCACGUUAAAGAUCUUUUCCCUUACUUAAUUUCUAGAACGACGACAGCAUAAAAAAGAGGUUUUGUUUGUCUUUGAAAAUGGUGACCAACUUUUCUUGAAUUGACUACCACUUUGAAGAAUUUAGGAGCCAAGUGGCUGUCAGAAAAAAAAAUUAAUUUCACGCCCUGAGAUGUGAUGUUAUAUCAUUUGUUUCCUGUACUUUUUUAGGUUACUCAGUGUGGUGUUGUUGAACAUAUCAUGAACUGGGUGAAAUUCAAGGCACAGGUACUAAUUCCAAUCUUUAGUAGACUCCAGGUUGAAUUCAUUAAACAUGUCAUGGUUUAACAGCAGGGUUCUCUCUGGGAAUAAUCUUGUGUCCUUUGAGUGGAUUCUUAGCUGAUUUGAAGUGGUUACAGAAAAAACACCUUUCUUAGUAAUUGGCAAAACACCACUUAAAGAACAAGGUGAAAGAAAUAACUUUCACCAAAAAAAAACUUAACUACAACAUGGCUACUGGCACAUGUAUUAAUUGUUCAUGACACUUGUUAGCAAACUUUUCAAAGAAUUUGAAAAUAUCUGAAUACAUGCAUCACCUCAGUUUGGAUGCCCUCUUAUCAAGAGGAGUCUUAAUUGAUAGCUUCUAACCGUUUCUAACUUGUUUUUGUACCUUGUCAAGUAUUUUUAAAUUAAGAUGUGCAUUUAUUUUUGGGGAUUUCAUUCUAGUCUCAACUCAACAAGAAGUGUCAAAAGAGCAAACACAGCAAGAUUCGUGGAAUUCCCAAAUUGGAUGAUGCUAAUGAUGCUGGCAGUAGAAACUCAAUGCAAUGUACACUAAUUCUCACUGAGGGUGACUCAGCCAAAACACUGGCUGUAAGUGGCUUGAGUGUAGUUGGUAGAGACCGUUUUGGAGUGUUUCCCUUGCGUGGUAAACUGCUUAAUGUCAGGGAUGCAUCACACAAGCAGGUAUGAAGUUCAAACUUCCAGUAGUUAGCCAGUGGAGAAUUUGAUUCAUGCAGUUAAACCUCCUUAGCAUACUCCCACUAACAUUAGGGAAAUGCAAAGAUGUGUUUGGCAUAAUUUGUUUUGAGCUGUUGUUACUGGAUCCUGGAAAAAUCAAAUACACAAGUUUAAGACAAGAAGAGACCAUUUGAUCCCAUUUGACUGAUAAUUCUUGGUGACAACCUUCAAAAUUUUUAUGUCAGUUCAUAGAAGUCAUCUGCUAUGGUAAUCAAUGAAUAGCUCACAAUUUAGGUCAAUCUGAUCGAGGAUAAAGGGGGUAAUUUUCUAAAGAAAGUGUGGUUUUGCAUCAGUGGGAGAGUAUAACAGGGUAAUUUGAUAUUAUCAACUGAGUGGAUAAUGUAAAUUGGCUAUCGUAAAGAGUUUCAAUGGUAAAGUUUCGCUCUAACAAAGGGCUAAGGUUCAAAACGUUAGUUUUGAAAUUCUUUACAGUGGCCAUUGUAUGUUAUUAACUCAGCUGAUUAUAUCAAAUUACCCUGAUUGAGGAUACCUUGUUAAAGUACCAGCUUUCCUUAUUUAACCCAGAACUAAACCAGAAUUUUUAUUGUUUGACUUUAGAUUCUUGAAAAUGCUGAGAUCAAUAAUCUUAUCAAGAUACUUGGCCUUCAAUACAACAAGAAGUACUCAUCUGAAGAAGACCUGAAGAGUCUAAGAUAUGGCCACCUUAUGAUAAUGACAGAUCAAGACCAAGAUGGCUCUCACAUUAAGGGACUCCUCAUCAACUUCAUCCAUAGUAAUUGGCCUACCCUUACACGCUUACCUUUCCUGGAGGAGUUUAUUACUCCCAUUGUUAAGGUUAGUGUUAUUUUUAAGGUGUCAUUUGUAAGAUAGGUAAGCUUUAAAUGGGGGUGGGGGGAAGGUGGGGUAUUAAGACUACACCAAGAGUUUACCUUAAUCUUUAAGAUGGUAACUGAAACUUCUAAGACCUGCCCAAAAGAGAGAAAUUAAUAUCCACAUGUACAGAAUUUUAGUUACACAUUGUUUCAAACAAAUAAUUUGUGUCAGCUUGGCAUAGCUUGCAGUGGCUUGUAAGAAAAUGAAUGGUGUAAUCAAAUUGAAAAUACACAAAUUUUACAUCAUUAUCAAGGAAACUUUCAUUGAAGUUAUGGCAAGGGAAUAUUUAAGUUACAACUAAUAUUUUUAACACUGUCAGUUUAAGAUUGUACCAAUUUUCUUGCAAUUGAGAAAGAUUGCAAAGAAAUGGUGGACUUAGUUCGUGGCUGUUGCAUUGCUUACAAAUUUAAUAUAAAACCAAUACGCGUGCAUUCACCUGUACCUUUGUCAAUAUGUAGUAUUGUGACCUUUAACCACUUAAGAUUAAGAGGUGGAUGAAACACCUCCAUGUAUUAUAAAAACAAAAUUCUCAUUACUCCAAGUUAAAGUCAGUUUAUGUUUUUAUUCAGGCAUUUUUUAAAUUCUAUGCUCAUGUAGUCAAAAUUAGUACAUAAAAACAUGGAUUCUCAGGCUUGAUUAUGAAUCCUCUGGAGACAUUUGGCAAUUAAAUUUUGCUUGUAGGUUGAUUGUGUCUCUGAUAUUCAAAUAGUGAGAGUAGUAAUUCAUCAUCGAUGCUAACAGCUCAUCAAAAUUUCAGGUCAGUAAAGGCAAAGAGGAGAAAGCAUUCUACAGCAUUCCUGAAUAUGAGGAAUGGAAAAACAGCAUAGUCAAUGUCAAGUCUUGGAAAGUAAAAUACUAUAAAGGUUUGGGUACAAGCACUCCCAAGGAGGCCAAAGAAUACUUUGCUGACAUGAGACGUCAUCAGAUUCAGUUCCACCAUGAAGGUGCACCAUGUGAUGAAGCUAUACUUAUGGUAUGUAUAGCUGUAUCAUAUAAGUCAUUGGCACUAUGUGGGUGAUAUGACUAUAGUUUUGGAUACUGCGCUAUCUUUUUUUUUUAAAUAAUGUUUUCCUUCUUUGCUGGAGUAUUGCAUCUCUUUUGAGUUAAUGCAGCCAAUGCUUGAAAACAUCUGUCUAAGUGUAGAGUUGUGAGAAACUUUCAUUUUUCCUUCUCCCUUAGAAUUAAGUGUUCCCUUGCAGUGGGUAAUAAGAAAGACAAGUUUAUUUCAUCAAAGCAGAGAUAUUGUGAAUCAAGUGUCACAGUAAAGGCAGUGAUGAGUGAGGUAGCCAGGGAGCCUCUCAAAGAAACAAGCAAAGUCUGCCAGCUGUUAGGCUCUCAUAGAUAUAUUCAAUUCUGCAUGCAAGACCAAAAUAAUCAACAAAUCUACUAGUGUUGGUAUUAAUUAAUGUUUUUACAUGAUUUAUCUCAUAAUGACAUAUGAAGGAAUGUCAAAGGAACCAAGAAAAUUAUGUUCAACUAAUGUUAAUUAAAAACUAUUUUAACCUGUAGUGGUAUGAAAUUGGCUUUGUUUGAAGGAAGAAAAACAACUGAAUUGUAGACUGGAUGUUUCUUUUAAUUACAGGCAUUCAGUAAGAAGAAAGUUAAUGACAGGAAAGACUGGCUCAAUCGUGCAAUGGAAGAUCGCAAGUGGAGAAGGCAACAAGGGCUUUCAGAGGUUGGUCAAACCUAGUUGUUUAUUUGCAUUCCUGGGAUUUGUCCAUAAGAGGUGUUGAACAACAAACUGAAAUAAGUGAUCAAAUUUUGUUAGUGAAAUCUGACCUAAAAGAGUGUAAACAAGAAGAUUAUACUAUAUUAUUUAAUGCCAGUAGCUUUUUUCUCAUAUCACUCAUUAAAAAUCACCUAGUAACUGCUUUUCUUGUCUUUCUUUCCUACAGGUUUACUUAUAUGAGAAGGACACCAGGUCAGUUUCAUAUUCUGACUUUGUCAACAAAGAACUUGUUUUAUUCUCCAAUGCAGAUAAUGAACGAUCAAUCCCAUGUUUGGUGGAUGGUAAGCAAGAUAAUUGAAUUUAGAAAUAAUGUCAAAAGGCAUAAUCAAAUAACUGAUCAGAUUUUGUUUAUGUGUAUUUUAUUAAUCAUUAUAAUUAUUUUUGAACAAUGUCCUUCAGGUUUAAAGCCCGGUCAAAGGAAGGUACUCUUCACCUGCCUUAAAAGGAAUGACAAAAGAGAAGUAAAAGUUGCUCAACUUGCUGGAUCAGUUGCAGAACUGUCUGCAUAUCACCAUGGCGAGGUAUAUAAUUAAUAAUGGUAAUAGGACCGAAUGGAAUCCAAUUCAGUCUGUAAUCAUAUGAGUAAUUAAAAAAAUAGGAUGACUGCAAAGUGGGAGUCUGAUUUGUUAAGCAUGAGUAUAACUACAGCCAGAAUUGAAUAACACAAAGUCCUGUCACCAAUUAAUCAGAACUAUGACAAGAUUUGAGAAAGAAACUAGACAUCAGACAACAACAACAAACAACAACAACAGCUAACUCAGGGGAAUGUGAGAGAACAGUGCACGCACAUGUUGUGUUCUGUCCACUUACUCAGGCAUGAUGUGUUAACUGUGCCUUUCACUGUCCUACUGCUGACCAAUUACAAACAUGACAUGUUCACUGUCCCAUUAGAGCUCAGCGUGGGCUGGUGAUAACCAAUAAUGUUUGAGAAUUUUCCCAUAGUUUUAAUGAAAGUCUAUGACCUCUACUUGAUGAUUAAGUCCUCCAAACCAAUCAGCUAGAUUUGUCUACUUACAUCUACAUGUCCACUGCACAAAGUUAUUUUAAUUAAAUUUGUGGUGAUUCACCAACUGAAUAUUUACUGCUCUUCAAAUGGUGGAUAUUCUGCCACAGUAUAAUACAACUGAUAAAAGUAACAAUCAAUAAUAAGUGCAAUAUCAUAGUUAUUACAUCAUUCUUGGAGUUUCAAAAAUGAAGUGGUAACCGAUAACCCAUUAUUUACAGAAUCUUCAAGCACUAAUAGAUAAAGGCAAAUCCUUGGCAGAAUUUUUUCCAUCAAUCAGUCAAUUAUCAGAGUAUACAAAGGAUAUCAUUUUUGCAGCAAUUAUUGGAGAUGAAAGCUGCAGAUGCAAAGUUGUGCUUGAACAUUUCAAAUUUCUGUUGCAUUUAUUUCCUGUUACAACUGUGACAAAAUAUCUUUCUCAAUUCCUUUCUUGACAAUGGCCCAACUAUCCAUUGGCUCAUGUUUGGAUACCACACUUGCAGGAUUGUAGUUGAAAAAUACAUCAGAAGUAAUAUAGUAAGGUAAUUCUCCCCUCAGCUUUUAUGCCCUGGUCUUAUUUACAUCUUCUUUACCCAUUAAGGCAAGCCUGAUGGGAACAAUCAUCAACUUAGCACAGAAUUUUGUGGGCAGCAACAACUUAAAUCUUCUGAUGCCAGUUGGUCAGUUUGGCACUCGUCUCCAUGGAGGCAAGGAUGCUGCUAGUCCUCGUUACAUCUUCACUAUGAUGAGUCCUUUAACAAAGCUAUUGUUUCAUGCUCAUGACAUGCCCAGCCUUACAUACCUGUUUGACGAUAACCAGCCUGUUGAACCUGAGUGGUAUUGCCCCAUAAUUCCUUUAGUUCUAGUCAAUGGGGCUGAGGGGAUUGGCACUGGGUACAGCACCAAGGUGCCUAACUUUGAUGUUCGGCAAAUUAUUAGUAAUCUGAAGAAGAUGAUCAAUGGAGAGGAACCAGAAGAGAUGGUGAGCUCUUUAUUCCCACUAAACUGUGAUUGAAACUUCAGAGUUUCCACAUAAAUCAAAAUGUUGACAUUUUUUGUUGUCAGAGUCAGAGAAAUGAUCAAUUAUGAAAGAAGAGUACCUUAGUUUUCAACAAAAAUGUAGCUUUUGGAUUUAAAAAUGCAUAACUUUAAAUUUGUGGGCAGGCUGUGAUUACAUGUAGUAUUCCAUCAGGCUUGCAGUGGUACUUUAGCUUUAAAGAAACUUCUCAAUCACAUUGUAAAUUCACAAUUGAUAUGGAAAAAAUUAGAUAUAGAUUAAAAUGGCAAAUUUUGUAUUGGUUUGUCUUUUGGCAGUUUUUGCCUUGGGCCUAAUUUACCUGCUCACUUGUUCUGUUAAAAUUUAUUUUCCUUCUGAACAUCUCAAGUAGAGAAAUUUUUUUCCAAAGGUAUGGGUGAUAUUGUAAUGAACAGUGCCAGUGCUCCUUAAGGGGUGUCUGGGAAUCUUGAUAUGUACCUUUCUUAACAUAGUGCAGAGGUACAAACCAGGGAAUGUUUGUGUUAUUGUUUUUCCUUUCAAAUUUAAGAUACCAUCAUUCAAGAACUUCACUGGUACCAUUUCUCAAAUUGAUAGCCACAAAUUCCUUGUGCAAGGCAAUGUGGAAGUUGUUGACAACAAGACCAUAGAAAUAUCUGAACUGCCAGUUGGCACCUGGACACAGGUUUACAAAGAAAAUGUUUUGGAACCAAUGCUCCAUGGUUCAGAGAAAAUUCCUCCUAUUCUGACGUGAGUAGACAAGUGUUUGAUUCAAACAAACCUAUUUAAGCUAUGUUUUAAAGAAAGAAGUACGGCACUCACCCUCAGCAGCACAACAGUACAAAAGUUAGUUUGUCUGAUAGGUGAAACAAUUCUAGUACAAUAGAUGCACUAUAACAAGAUUAUGAAACUGGAUUAACAAAGGGCAAAAAAGCAGCAUCUCUGAGUUGCAGGGGCAGGACUUGUAGCAUCUUUGAAGUCACAAUGGUGGAGUGUUAUUAACUCAGUUUGUUUAUAAAUUUACAUCAUAAGUGCUCAUGUGUGAAUUGUGAAAGAUUAACUACUGAAAUGAUAUAAUGAUGUGCAUGUACUUAUAAAAUUGUGCAGUAAUUGGGAUUGUCUAGCAUUUUCCACAGUUUAAUUUAUUUGUUCAAUGACUUCCAGUGACUACACUUGGGAAAUUGGUCCCAUCCAAUCUGAUGACUUUUCUUUUUGGUACAGGGAUUACAAGGAAUACCACACAGAUGUAACAGUGAAGUUUGUACUUAAUAUGGCUGAGGACAAGUUGGCUGAGGCAGAGGCAACUGGAUUACACAAGAAAUUUAAACUUGAAGCUUCAAUUAACACCAGCAAUAUGGUGAGUUUAGCACUUAUCCCAGCUAAUAUUUAAUAUUUGUAGUUAUAGAAAAUACAAGUUUUUCUAUCUAAGUGCAUUUUAGUCAUUACAAAAAUGUCCACACAGCAGAUGUGUGACAGAGUUUGUGGCUCAUCCAUUUUUUUUUAUUACUGGAAAUGUUUUAUGGUGCUAUAUCAAAUUUUGCAGCCAUAGUUGAUAGCCCUUCUAAUGUCAGUUUUCUUGUGAGAUGUAUCCAACUAACUUUGAUCUUUGGUGACAAAUGUCUUCUUCCAAGUGGAGGAAGAUGUGGAUGUUAGUGUUGGAUAUUUACUAGGCUAUGUAUAAGUGAAAUAUCUACCACUGGCCACUGAUACUGAGGUAAAUAGUUUUAUUAUAUACAAAGACAGUGAGAUUAUACAGCAAAAAAUGAUGAUUUUAACACAUUUAUUCCUGCAGCUAUUACAACACUUUUGGGUUCAAAUCCUGUGUGAGUUGCUAAAAGGUGAAUAGCAAAGGAUAUGCAGAGUUUGAGUAGCCAAUCAGAGCAUGCCUUUAACACUAUCCACUGUUUAAGUAUUUUCUAAUCACAGAUAGUCCAGUUUAAGACAUGGCUCAGUAAUGAAUUCAGCACAACCUCAUUGGGUAUAGGGAACUUCUGAUUGAAUCGAUUUGAAAUUAUUUUUGUUUGCAAUGUAUUUCAGGUUUUGUUUGAUGCCUUGGGUUGUCUGCGCAAGUAUGAGUCGCCACUAGACAUACUUAAGGAAUUCUUUGAGCUUCGUUUGGAAAGAUAUGCUGUACGUAAAGCAUGGUUAGAUGGAAUGCUGACUGCAGAAUCAACAAAGCUCAGUAGUCAAGCUCGUUUUAUCUUGGAGAAAAUUGAAGGACAAAUUAUCAUAGGUGAGGGUUCUAUCAUUGCUCACUAUUUAUUUAUUUAUAGUUUCCAUUCAAAAUUUCCAAUUAUACUCCUGUAAAUCUUGUGCAAUUACAUUGGAGGCACAUUUAUUUUGUUCAUUUGCACCUGAAUCAAUGGCCAUUUUUGUGCUGGAGAUGUUAAAGUUGUCUAAGACGUUAAAGUCGUCUCGAGACUACUUUAACGUCUUAGACAACUUUAAUGUCUCUAGCAUAAAUGCAUCUAAUGAGUUGAUCAUUGAUGCAUUGUUAUUUGAUCCAUUGUUAUGGAGGAGCUCAUCAAUUUCUUGACAUCCUUAAGGAAACAAAGAUUUAGGCAAAUGUGAUACGAUGGUGUAGGAUUUUCCCUAUACACUAAUAUGUGCUGGGGACACUAUUUGGUUAGGAAAACAACAGCAAAAGGAAUGCAAAACAGCAAGAAGAAUGAGUCAUCUUAGAUUUGCAUUAGAACAAUAUUUGCACUGAUUUAAUUUAAUCAAAAACUGACAAGGUCUGCAAAAAUACUCUUGUAAAAAUUAAAUAACCCUUUGCCAUCAUUAUUCAGUUUUUACCAUUUUUUUUUUUUUUAACAGAGACUGCAAUAUCAUCUUUUAGUGUAAUAAGUUGUGCACAGAAUAAUUUGAUAUUUAUCAUGUGGUUUAGAACAUUAUUUACUGUGGAUCCUUAACUUUUUCAUCGGGAACCUUAACUUUUUUUUUAAAAAGUCUGAUGGAGCUCUGAUGAUAAAAUGUUGGUGUUUAAUUUGAAUAUGGAGUAAAAGAUGGUGAAGUCUCCUGUGACUCAUGAACGGGAACUUGUUAUUUCUAACAGAGAACAGAACCAAGCGCGACAUAGUUACCACUUUGGUGCAGCAUGGAUACCCAUCUGAUCCUAUCAAGGCUUGGAAAGACACACAAAAGUCCAGUGCACCUGAUGAGGGAGAUACAGAUGAUGCUUCCAGUGUGGCAAGUUCCACGUCAAGCGCUGGUGGACCUGACUUUGGGUACUUGUUGUCCAUGUCUAUGCUGUCUCUCUCUCGAGAAAAGAAGGAAGAGCUAUUAAAAGAGAGAGAUAAUAAGGUCAGUGGCAGUAUUUAUUUGGAGUUCAAUUUUCUCCUUUGUUUAAAGUUUACUCUUCUAUAUUUUUGGUUUAGGUGACAUACAGUGUGUGUGUGUAUGAUAAUGCUUUCAAAAUAAAGUUCAAACCAAGGAUGAAAAUGGCCAAUGUUUGUAUUUUGGAAUUCAGCCUUAAGGAAUGACCUCAGCACAAGCCUCUAGGGAAAAACAGGAGAGUGUUUAAGUGUUUUUAAACAAUGACUCGUAGUCAUGUCUUCUGUUUCGCAUAGAAUUUUGAAAUAUCAAAAUUGUGAGGGGAGAGGGAAGAGGGAAGAUGAGGGCAUUCAAAGAUUCCAGUUGUUUUGCAAAGGUGAAAAGGUGGUUAAUACUUGAAUCAUAAGCAAAGGUCUCUGAUGUCUUGGUAGACAAGAGAAAUCCAUGUAAUCCUAAUCAGAUUCUUAUUGCAACAGCUGCCUAUGAGCCUGCCAUUCUUGUUUAAUAAUCUUGUGCAACAAUUUAGUUGGAGGAGCUGAACAUAUUAAGGAGGAAGUCACCACAAGACCUCUGGUUGGAAGAUCUUGAUAGCUUUUUGGAAGAGCUCGAGGUAAGGUCUUCAUAUCUUAACAUAAUUUACCGAGAACCUUACUUUUGUCACCAAGGAAUAUGAGGUGUCUUAAAAUACUCUUGUAAACACAAUUGACAAAAAGUUUGGGAAAAGUGUAGUUUAAUUGAGUAGAACUCAAGGAAUGAAGAUGGAAUCUCCUCUAAUGUCUUUUAAUCCUAUUCAAACUUAUAUUAUGUGCAUUUUUUGGAAUGAAGGUAGUUUAGCCCACUCUAAAUGACCAGAAUAUUGUUUCGUAACUUGUGUAUAGAAUAGGAUGUUUUGGUGGCAUUUCUAACCUGAGGGUGCUUAUAGCAUUUCCUGUAUGUCAUUUAACAUUUGCCACUGAUUACAGCGAGUUGAGCAACAGGAAAAGGAAGAUCAAGAAAUGUACGUAAAGUCCAAGGCAGGGCGCUCACAGCAGCAGAAAAAGAAACCAUCAAAGCCAGCAAAGAAAACUGAAAAUAAACCCAAGACGCUUGCUACAAAUGAACAAGAAAAGAAAAACAUGCAACAUAAGAGCAAGGAAACAGCUCCAAAGAAAGAAAACAAGAGUGACGACUCCUGGGAGUUUGACGACAUAGAUGCAGGUCCUCCGGUGAGAUCACUCGCUGACAGACUUGCUCAGCGACAGAGCAAGAAGUUGCCCAUCUCGUCAUCAUCAUCGUUAGCUGGCAGUGGUGCUGAGACAACCAGCAGUUCUGCUGCAAAGGGAAAAACGCAAUCUUCGCUGGAGGUGUUCAGUUCAAAGAAGAAGGUUAGGAAAGCAGCAGAGAGUGAUGACGAUUUUAUUAUGGAGUUCAGCGAUGAAGAGGAUGGACCGCCUGUAGAGAAAAGGGCCGCUAGAUCUCGUCCUGCUAAGGUUUGUGUAGUGAUAUACUGUUAAGUUAAAUGUCGCUGGAACACGCUUCAGCGAAGUGUGCCAGUGUACCAAUUGCAGUCAAAGGGGUAGCUUUGUGCCAUUUGAAGGUUUUCAGGGUCGUUUGUUUGUUGUUUCAGAUGUUCCCUCUUUCUUUACAAAGAGGGGUGUAGCAUGCCCCUUGGGGUAUUUUCCUUUCCUUUGCUAUUUCUUUGUCUUAAUGGGUGACUGGACUAGAAGCCAGUUUAGACGGAAAUUGUUGACGAAAUCGCUUAAUGGGAACGUUUACACCUGUCAAACUGCCUCCUUACCCAGAAUAUGUUGAUGGAAAAACUACCGAAAAAGAGUUCGCCAGUGAUCCAUGGAUUUGACAUUCUAUUGAUUCUUUUAGUUCAGUAAAAUGAUAUAAAGAAUAUAAUGUUUUUUAUUUUCUUUUCUUUUAUUGCUUUGCUCUGUAGACGUACUCUUUUAGUUCUGACGAUGAUGAUGAUGAUGAUGACGAUCUUACGGUCACGGCGGUGAAAACCGGAAAACCAUCUAAGGAAGGAAGUGUUGAUAGCGAUGCCGAAUCAGAUAAAAGUGACGUGCAAGCUACUCGUGCUCUGAUUCAAAAGCUCUCCCCUGCUAAACCCGCAAAGACCACUAGUUCACGGGUAAGAUUUUGCUGAAUUAUCAAACAUUUACUAAGCAGCUGACACCAUGGGGAUCUUUUGAGUGAGCGGACAACCUCAGACCGUAUAAUUAACAAUUGUUCCACGAGCGCACAUUGGAUAGAGAUGAUAGAUAGCCAACGAGGCCCGUAGGGUUGAGUUGGCUAUACUCAGCUCAAGUCCGACAAGCGCGAGCGGAAUUAUUGUUAUAUUAAAAAUGCCCCCAAAUAAAGAUAAAUCUUCUCAACUUUAUAUAGGAAGCUCGUCACUGGAAAGUGGUAUUCUGUAAGGCCCCUAGUCUUUAGUAAUAGAAAUAAAUUAUGUAACAUGACUGAGUGAAAGUCAGUGCGUAAUGCGGCAAACAGUAUUUUUAUAGUAACAACAGUGACGUGAAGAAAGAUUGUCGCCUAACCAGGAACAGAUGGCUGUAAGGAAAGCGUCAUUCUCAUUACUGAUGGUCUUCUUCACUCUCGAUUAAAAGAUAACUCGAGCCAUCAAAUUUUGCUAGGUGAUUCUGCGCAGUGGCGGGAUAAUUUCCCAUGCUCCAAUGCCUGAUAAACACCCUUGGGCGGGAGUUGACGUAACCUAAUGGGACUGAACAUUGAUAUCCCCAGAUCUUUUAUUAUUCUCGAUUGUGAUUUAAGAAGACCAUUAAAAGGGGUAGACUACAAGUCAAUUAGCAAUUUGAGAUGUCUUGAAUGAAUGGAUUUGAUGCUUUGCAGCCAAAUAAGCCAUUAAAGGGUGGUGAAUCAAUUAAAUCUACGAAGAAACAACCUGCUAAGACCACUACAGCAGCAGAGAAGAAACGCACCGCGACUAAAAAGGCAGCUUCGUCUAAAACAUCGUCACAGGACGACAGCCCUGAUGGCGAAGUAGCUGCAAAGAAACAGCCAGCCAAGAAAGGCAAACGAGGAAAGGCAGUAAUUUUUGAUAGCAGUGACGAGGAUUCUGAUUCAUCCAUGCUCUCUUUAAAGAAACCUACAGCUGCUAAAGGAAAAGUGAUUAAGGUAAGUGUAAGAAUACCAGAUGUUCAUUGAUAAGCAUCUUCCAAAGGUAGCGGUAAUAUGUAUUUAGAUUGCCAGGAAAUCUCCAAAAUGACCUCACUCGAAGAAAUUCGUUUUUUUUUCGCUAAUCAAGAGACAGUGAAACAUAGCAUUAUUUUCCGUCUCUGAAUAGCUGUAUGUUCACACCAAAUGAUUAGAACCAGAAGCAGAGAACUCCCCCCACUGGCUUCCAUCCUUGGGUAAGUUCGGAAGCCAGGAUUCAUUGUUUCUAAAAGAUGAUAUGAAAUACAACGAAAAAGCCUUGAAGAACGAAAAAUAUGCGGUCAGUAGUUCCUGGUUCAGCGACAGUGACAGAGGAAUACACGAGACUGAAAACAGGGAAUGGAAGAGACUGAGAUAACUAUCAGAAGUUACGACACAGCUCAUGUCUCCAAAAACUUCAGCCUCGCCUUUAGUAAUGCCUUGUUAUCUUUGUCAUACAGCCUAAAAAGUCGCCACCGAAAAAGGCGAAAGCAAGCGUAGAAAGCUCCAGUGAUGACGAACCACUGGAAAGUGCAGUUGUUAGCCGAUCAGUUCGCACCGGCAGAUCCAAAGCUCCUGUGAAGUAUUUUGAGGAGGAAAGUGACAGUGAUGACAAAGAGAAUGAAGGCUCAAAGGAAUGGUCCGGAUCAGGAAGUGAUUUUGAUGAUGAUUAGUUUUUGUAUGCCCCAGGCGGGCUGCUCAUCUGUGUCUUUCAAGUGAUACGAUGGUGUAUUGUAGUCUGACGAACUUGGUUUUGCUCAGCGUCUGUCUCCUAUAAAAACGGUUUUUU